AUGUCGGAAGUGCAGAACACCCCAGCGGCCGCAGCGCCUGUCGAGACCGUUGCACCAAUUGACGCGCCUGCCGUUGCCGAACGUGUGGUGAACGAGCCCGUUGUCGACGCCGAGGCACCCAAGGUCGAUGCCGAGACUGCGGCAGCGGAUGGCACCACCACCGCGCCAGCCGCCGCCGUUGCUGCUGAUGAGCCUGCCGUCGCCGAGAAGGCUGUCGAGCCCAUCACCGAGGGCCAGUUGGCAUACAAGGGACCUGGUCUCGUUUCGUCGCUCAUCGCAUCCAAGAAGGAAUUUUGGCUAGACGACGCUGCGGUCACACCACAGAACCUCGACCUGUACCUCCGCGGCGAGAAGCCCGAGAUCGCACACCCCAUCGUUGCAUGGGCCAGCCAGACCGGCAAGGGCCUGCUUUUCUUCAACAAGAAGAAUGACACUGACCGCACACACCCCCACGACAUCCUCGCUCUCUACGAGGCCACUGACCUCAAGAAGGAGUCUCCACACUCUUUCUCUUUCAAGGUUGGCAGCCACUCGCACACCUUCAAGGCUACCAGUGAUGCUGAGCGCGAUGGAUGGUACAUGUCCAUUGAGAAGUCCAUUGAGCUCGGCAAGGCUUCCAAGGAGGAGAUUGUCGCCCAGGAAGGCUACACCGCCGAGCUUGAGAAGCUGAACAAGCCCUCCGUCCCCAUUGUUGCUGCCCUUUCCAAGCGCAGCCAGUCGCAGCCAAAGAAGAGCACCGACGGCGAGGCUGCAGUUGAGCGCACCGGCUCAUCCGAGGGCGAGACCGACAAGAAGCAGAAGACCCGAUCCACUUCGCGCGGAAUUCUCAGCCGCCUGCAGGGUAAGAAGGAGGAGCACGCCGAGAAGAAGGAUGAGGAGGAGAAAGAGAAGGCUGUCGAGGAGACAUCGAAGCCCGAGGUCGAGUCCACCGAGCCGGUCCUGGCUUCCACAGAGGCUGCUCCAGUUCUUGCUGCUGGCGCCGCGGCAGAGGUUCCAGUCGUCGCUGAAUCUCGCGACACCACCGAGACACCUGCCGUCGCAGAGACGAAGCCGAACAAGCGCAACAGCAUCUUCGGCCGCGUGUCAUCUACAUGGGGCAGCAUGAAGAGCCCCGCCAAGGAGAAGGACCUCAAGGAAGUUGAGCUCAAGCCAGAGACUCAGGCCACUGAGGCUGGCGCUGUCUCCGAGAACCCACCCGUUCUUCCAGAGACUGGCAGCACUGAGCCCGUUGUGCCGGUGGUUGCAGAGCCAACUGUUGAGGCCAAGAACGAGACGCCCGCGCCCGCAGAGACAUCCGCGGAAACCCCCAGCAAGGAGAAGAACAACUUCCUCGCAAGUUUGAUCAAGCGUGGCCGCAGCGUUAGCCCUUCGACCAGCAAGAAGACGACUACCAAGGAGGAGGUUCCCGCCGUGCCAGCCGUUCCCGCUGCUGAGCCUACCGAACCAGUUGUCAAGACCGAGGAGCCAACGCCCGUUGCCGAGCCCGUCGCUGUUGCCGACACCAAUGAGCCCAACGAGAAGGUUGAGGAGCCCAAGACCGAGACUAGCGCGAACAAGCGCCAGUCGAUGCUUGGCAGCCUUGGCCGCCGUGCAAGCAAGGCCCUCAACCGCAUGCAGACGCCCAAGAAGGAGACACCAACUGCUGCCACCACCACCACCGAGGCCACCACUGAGCAGGCCGUUGAGACCAAGCCAGUCGAGGAGACCGCUGCUGUGACUGGUGAGAGCAAGCCGACCGAGGCUCAGCCCACGAUUGGCGACGUCGUCCCCGAGGCGGUCUCGACUGGCCAGCCCCAGCACAACACCCCAGCUGUCUCUGCGAGCGCAUAA